CGCUAGCAGGCUAGCUGGGUUGAGACGACGGCGGCGUUUUGUUCAGACGUUUAUGAGGUUUCUAAAGAAUUAUAGCGACACGUGGUUCGAUUACGAACAAUUACCAUAAACUAAAGUGUCGUAAAUGAGUGAAUACGUGUUGAACGUAAAGACAACGUGGCUGUGAUUGUGAGACUAGCAGAUGAUCGGAGCUGCUGCUGUUCAGAGAACUUUGGUGUUUGUUGGAGCUGAAGAUCUUCUGCAGCUGCAGGAACCAUGUCUUCAUUUGCUCAGAAAGAGUCUUUCAGAGAACAAAUUUCUGCUGCUGAAGAAACCUUCAGACUCUGUGAAGGAACCAUCGUCCAGAAUGAGAAUGAGGAGCUCUGUGGUCAGAGCAGACUGAUGGAUAUCACCUGGAACCCGCAGCUUCAGCUCCACCUUCUAGUCCUACCACAGCAUUAUGUGAGUGAAGAAAACAAUCUUUACAACCAGCUGAAGAGCUUAAGAGUGGAACAAGAGGAACCAGAACCUCUGCAGAUUAAAGAGGAACAGGAGGAGCCAGAACCUCUACAGAUUAAAGAGGAACAGGAGGAACCGGAACCUCUAAAGAUUAUAGAGGAACAGGAGGAGCCAGAACCUCUACAGAUUAAAGAGGAACAUGAGGAACCGGAACCUCUAAAGAUUAUAGAGAAACAGGAGGAGCCAGAACCUUUACAGAUUAAAGAGGAACAAGAGGAACCAGAACCUUUGCAGAUUAAAGAGGAACAGGAGGAGCCAGAACCUUUACAGAUUAAAGAGGAUCAGGAGGAACCGGAACCUCUAAAGAUUAUAGAGGAACGAGAGGAACCAGAAACUCUACAGAUUAAAGAGGAACAGGAGGAACCAGAACCUCUACAGAUUAUAGAGGAACAAGAGGAGCCAGAACCAUUACAGAUUAAAGAGGAACAGGAUGAACCAGAACCUCUACAGAUUAAAAGGGAACAAGAGGAACCAGAACCUCUACAGAUUAAAAGGGAACAAGAGGAACAAGAACCUCUACAGAUUAAAGAGGAACAAGAGGAACUAGAACCUCUACAGAUUAAAGAGGAACAGGAGAAACCAGAACCUCAACAGAUUAAAAAAGAGCAAGAGGAACCAGAAUCUCUACAGAUUAAAGAAGAAAAACAGGAAGAACCACAAUCUCUACAAACAAAAGAGGAGCAAGAAAAGGUCCACAUCAUUCAGGAUGAAGAGCAGCUUAAUCUGAAACAGGAGACUGAAACCUUGAUGGAGAUUCCUUCUUAUAAGAAAAACGAUCACAGUGAAGAUGAUCUAAAUCAGCAGAGCUUCAGUGUAACUGAGAGUUUGGAUUUAGAAGGAAACCAACAUGAAGAAUCAACAUCAAUUACAAAAGCCAAGACAGACACACAUAACAAAGAUCAGCGAAUAAAAAGAGACAGAAUUCAUGUCCAAAGUGUGGACAGCACUCGCAUGACAGAAAGUCAGUGUGACUCUGAUGGUAGAAAAAAAUCCAAGAAGGAAACUUUGGUUAAAAAACGCAAAGUGUCUGUAAAUAAAAAAAGACUUUCCUCUGUAAAGUCUUGUGAAAGCUCAAGAUUUGUUAAGAAUCUCUUUGUCUUUACAAAAAAUGAGUCUGAUGACAUACUUUAUAUUUGUACAGAAGGUAGUAAAAGUUUUUCUUACUUGUCUGAAUUCGGAAAUCCCAUGUUAACUCACACAGGAAAUAAGCGUUUUUCUUGUAAAGAAUGUGAUAAAAGUUUUAAUCGCGAAUCUCUUCUUAAAAGACACAUGAGAACUCAUACAGGAGAGAAGCCUUUUACUUGUAAAGAAUGUAAGAGAAGUUUUAGCCUUUUAUCUAAUCUCAAAACACACAAGAUGACUCACACUGGAGAGAAGCCCUUUCAUUGUGAAGAAUGUGACAAAAAUUUUAGUCGUGGAUCUCAUCUUAAAAGACACUUGAAAACUCACAUAGGAAAGAAGCGCUUUUUUUGUAAAAAAUGUGAUCAAAGUUUUAUUCGUGUAUCUCAUCUUAAAAGACACAUUAGUUCUCAUUCAGGAGAGAAGCCUUUUACUUGUAAAGAAUGUGACAGACGUUUUAGUCGUGUAUUUCAUCUCAAAAUGCACAUGAGAGCUCACACAGGAGAGAAGCCUUUUUUGUGUAAAGCAGGGGUGUCAGACUCAAUUGUACAGGGGACAAAAUGCAAAAUAUGCCUUCGUUUGUUGGCCGAACAGAAUAGACAUUUAUUCAACACACAAAAAUGACAUUUUUAAAUUUUAAACACAUGACUUUUCAACGUAAUUAUGAACUAGAUAUAGUCAUAUACUUCAAAACAGGAUAAAAAAACAGAAAAAACCUAUAUUAGCAAAAACAUCUACCGUGUAAAUAUUUUCUAAAUUCCACAACAACCUAAAAACCAAAAGAAAAAAAGAGAGUUACCCAAAACAGCUAUUAGCCAUUUCUAGCCAUUUCUCAAAUAAUAGCUAAAUUCUAAGGUAGCCUAAAAUCUUAGUAAAUGCCAACAUUUUUUUAUUCAAUUUUUAUUGUGUUUUCCAAGUAUCCACAGAUAGCAGUCCUUACAUCCCCAAAACAAUGUGUACAUACACAUGAAAAACCAGGCAAAGCUGUA